CUGUGUAUAAAAACACCCCACAAUACAUUUCUUCACUCACUCUCUCCCUCCCCAAAUUCUCUCUUCAUCCCGUCCCUCUCUCUCUCUCUCUCUCUUUCGCUUGCUUGUUCUCUCUGAUCUCAGAAAUCAAGAAUUCGAUCUCUCUGAUUUUCUAAUCUGUUGAAUUACAUGGCGCUUGAAGCUCUGAAUUCUCCUACGGCGGCGGCGGUUGGAUCCUUUCCGGCCAACAAAAGUUUCCGAUUCGAGGAAGACGACGACGUUGACGCCGUCUAUUUGGACUCCGGGUGGGCAAAGCGGAAGCGAUCAAAACGACCCCGUUCUCCCGAAUCACCGAUGACGGAGGAGGAGUACUUGGCUCUUUGUCUCAUCAUGCUCGCUCGUGGCACCACCAACGCAGCCGCGGCUUUCAAGAUUCCAAGCCUCGGACAGGAUCCACCUCCGACCAACCUCCCUUACAAGUGCACCAUCUGCGACAAGGCGUUUCCUUCCUACCAAGCCUUGGGCGGUCACAAGGCCAGUCACCGGAACAAACCCAGUUCCGCCGCCGACUCCGGUAUCCCCAACGCCUCUGACGUCACGUCAUCCGUCGUCCCAUCCGGCGGGAGGACCCACGAGUGUUCGAUAUGCCACAAGGUGUUUCCCACCGGACAGGCUCUCGGAGGCCACAAGAGAUGUCAUUAUGAAGGCGUGAUCGGCGGCGGGAGCCGCAGCAGCGCCAGCGGUGGGACUGUUUCGGAGUCGCAGAGUCACCGCGGCUUCGACCUCAACGUGCCGGCGUUUCCGGAGUUUGUGUCGAUGGAGCAGGAGGUGGAGAGCCCUCUCCCUGCGAAGAAACCGCGGUUGUCGGGUCUGCACGACGUCGUUUCAGGACAGAAGAACGAAUCUUCCUUACAACAUUGAUUUGUUUUUCAUUAGGACAGCAUUCGAUAGUUGAAUUUACAUGAAUUACUACAUAGAUUCUUGGGUUUUAUUUCAUAAAUUUUCAUGAAUUGGUGAUGUACAUAGAAUUUAUUUAUUGUGUUGUGAAAUUUAAAAUUA